AUGAGAGGAGUCCCAACCCUCUUACUACUGAUUGGGUUGUCAAGCGUCCGUCCCGAAAAAUCGAUAAUCGAUCGAUUGAUUGCCAAUCAAGCUACUAAUUCAGAGCAAAAAAUCGUGCUGGAAUCUGUGGCAACAAUUCUCUCAUGGUCCCCAACACAAUACUUCAAAUACGAAUUGGUGAAAAUUGUUGAAAAAAAUUUAAGAAAUCCAACAAAUAUUGGUGGAAACGUUUCCGAAAAAGCAAUCGACAAUAUUCGGGAAGUUUUCAAGAAUUCUAAAAAUCCCUUGACUGUUGUGGAAUUUUUGGAGAUUUGUAUGGAUUUUUUGAAGACAUCCAACAAUAACGAAACUCCGCCCCCAAUUAUUGAUCGAAUGAUUGAGAAUGAAGCGGAUUUGAUGGAGAAACGAUUGAUACUUUUCGAAUUGAAGACUAUUAUGAACUUUGCAGUCAAAAGUAGUUCCUACAAACACACUUUGUAUACUUUAAUUCGAAAAAAUAAGAAAUACGAAGAUCCGGAUUAUGUAGGUGGACCAAUUUCGAUGCAAGCCAUUCGAAAUAUUCAAAAUGCUCUCAAAAUGUCUGAAAAUCCAAAAGCCUUCUUGGAAUUUCUUGAUAUUUGUAUGGAUUUUUUGAAAUCUCCCGCCACUACGAAUUCUCCGAAAUGGAUGGUUUUGCAUGAAGCUGUUACUAUCAUUGAUAAGGGUUACAGUAUUGAGGAAGUCAAGAAAUCGCUGAUGGAUGUGCCCUCGAACGUUCUGGAAUCGAUUUUUGAGGCGUUGGGGAUUCCGGUGCUUUUAGAUACUACUCCCGAUGAUAGCACAGUGACUCCCACCACAGUGGCUACUGAUUCUCCAGAUCUUUCGGGAGAAGGUAUAGUUACAUCAGCCCCUGAUAUCAAUGAUUACAAUAAUUACGAUGCAUCACAGACGGCGAUUCCUUAUUGGUUAGAAAAUUGGUUAGGUUUUGGAGAUGAUAGCACUACGACUGAAAGUCCAAACAAUUCCGAUACAACAACUACGGUUAAUUAUUGGCGAGUUCCUGGGAGAGGCUCAGAUGACAUCACUACGACGGAAAGUCCAACAAAUUUCGAUAUGGGAUCUAAUUGGCUCCAUGGACAAAACCGAAAACUUCAAAAUAAGUAG